AUGAGAAGAGAAGAAGGAAGAAAAGAAGAGAAGAAGACAAGAAGAGGAGAAGCGAAGAGAAGGAAAAUGAGAAGAAAGGAGAACAAGAUGAAAGAACAAAGAACAAAGAACAAACUUACAAAAAAGAAAGAAGAGAAGAAAGAAAGAGGAAGGAGGAAGAGAAGAGAGAAGAAAGAAGGAAUAAGAAAGAAGAGAGAAGAAGAAGAAGAAGAAGAAAGAAAAAAAAGAGAGAAGAAAGAAGAUAGAAGAAAUAAGAAAAGAUGA